AUAAACUUAAAAAAAUCACCCCGUAAUUAUUUUAUUGUUCGCAGUCUUUGAGAUCGAUCCCGUCACCAAGAACUCAAAUUGUCUUUUUUUUUUCUUUCUCUCGACCGUCCUCUGAUCCCGCCAUCAUCGCCAAAUCUAUAAAUUCCCAAAAACCUCUCCGGCGAGAUUUUCCGUGUCGCCGGUAAUUCGGCUGACUAUUUUACCGGCGGAUGAUUUUCCGUUGACCUAACCUACCGGAGUACGGUGAGAUGGACUCGAUUGUUUGCACAGCACUGGAGGAAAUCUGUUGUCAGGGAAAUACAGGGAUCCCUCUUGUUUCUCUCUGGUCACGGCUCUCUCCUCCUCCUCUCUCUACUUCCGUAAAAGCUCAUGUCUGGAGAAAUCUGCUAUCGAUCCCUCAGCUCCAGUUCAAGGCGAAGAACACUGUGUACGGACCAUCGGAUGCUUCGAUUCAACAGCUGGAAGAGGCUCAGGGGCUCGAUUUGAGGAUCAUCGCGAAUGAGAAGCUCCGAGGUAACUUCGUUGGCCUGUACGAUGCUCAGUCCAAUAACACGACUAUUUCCGCAGUUCAACUUCGCCUUCUCGAGCGGCUGGCUGUUGCUCGAGCCAAUGGAGGUGCGCAAAAUCUGCUUGCUAAAGAGUUUGGCAUCGAAGGGAGGAACUUCUUUUAUAUAAUUAAGCAACUUGAGUCUCGAGGUUUGAUUGUUAAGCACCCUGCAAUCGUAAGAACCAAGGAAGUUGAUGGUGAAGGGGAUUCUAAAACCACCUCAUGCAUCACCACCAACAUGAUUUACUUAAGCCGUUACGCCAAGCCUUUGGGUUCGCAGCAGAGGUUUGAAAUUUGUAAAGAGGACCCUAUGCUGGAGACACCGAUGAAUGAGCAUGAGGAUACUGCCGCCGGAGAUAAUCUACAAUCUGAGAGUACUAAAGAGGAUACGCUCAUUAAAGAUUUUCUACCAGCAAUGCAGGUGAUCUGUGAUAAGCUUGAAGAAGCUAACGAGAAGGUUCUAGUCGUCUCAGACAUUAAGCAAGACCUUGGUUACCUGGGAUCACAUUCGAGGCAUAGAGCUUGGAGAAGUGUUUGUCGCCGAUUGGCAGACUCUCAUGUAGUAGAGGAGUUUGAUGCUGUGGUGAACAAUAAGGUUGAACGAUGCAUCCGUUUGUUAAAAAGAUUUUCAGCCAAAGAUUUUAACUAUUCUGGGAAAAAGCAACUCCUAAAAUUCGGAAGGAGUAUACAAAAAACAGAACAAACUUUGGAGCUUCCAAUAGAUAAUCAAAUUUAUGAUAUGGUUGAUGCUGAAGGAUCUAAAGGCAUGGUUGUGAUGGAGGUAUGCGAAAGGCUUGGGAUUGAUAAGAAGAAGAGCUAUUCUCGGCUUCAUAGUAUUUGUUCAAGAGUCGGGAUGCAUUUACAGGCAGAAAGCCACAAAAAGACUAGAGUUUUUCGAGUUUGGACUUCUCGUAAUGCUGGGUCCGAGUCUUCUGAUCUGUUUCCUGAGAAAGCUGAAACCAUUAGCAGGGCAGAUAACAUACCGGUUAAUGAUUUUGACACAUCUCAUGGUACUGGUGGAUUGUCUCAGACCCUCAUCGAACACAGUCUUGCAGUUUUUGAUGUUGACUUAGCUACACCUGCAAGGUUAACUGAUUCUGAAAGCAACUCAGGAGCUCUCAACUUUGUUACACCUGGAAGGCUAACUGGUUCUGAAAGCAAUUCAGGAGUUCUUGAUUGUUCUCCAUCUAAUGCCAAAGGAAGAAAUGUGCUUACAUGUCGUAACUUGCAAGAAUCAUUCCAUGAGAUCGGUGAUAAGGUUGUUGAUGCUGCAAUGGGGUCCCCUGAAUUGGCUUUAUCAGAAAUGAACCAUCUCAAUCUACCGAAGCUGGGUAAAUCAAAAGUGCAUCAAUCUCAUCCGAUCACUGUUGAAAACGCUCGAAGAGAGCGGAGAAUACUUGAGCGCUUAAAUGAGCAAAAGUUUGUUUUGAGAGCCGAGCUACACAAAUGGCUCCUCAGUCUUGAGAAGGACAGGAGCUCCAAGGUGGAUAGGAAAACCAUUGACAGGAUUCUAAACAGGCUUCAACAAGAAGGGCUCUGCAAAUGCAUGGACCUUGGUGUCCCAAAUGUAACUAAUUGUGGGCGUAAUCGUAGCUCUGUGAUAGUUUUGCAUCCAUCUGUCCAAAGAUUGACUCAAGAAGUAGUUGAUGAAAUUCAUGAUAGGAUUAGGUCUUUUGAACUAGGAGUCCGUGGGCAGAACUUAUCGAAGAGGAAAAGCAACGAGCCAAUUCCGACAUUGAAUGACGUUCAGAGAGGUCAAAAUAAUGUGGAUUUGGAUACGCGAGCUAGCAAAUCAGGAGCCAUGCGAGCCAAUGGGUUUGUGCUUGCAAAGAUGGUUCGUGUGAAGCUCCUACACUGUUUCCUUUGGGACUAUUUUAGUUCUUUACCUGGAUGGGACAGUGCCUUUUCUUCUACACAUGACCAUAAAUUCGAGAAUUUUUUUGCACUUGAAGAUGCUUUUAGAGCCAUGCCACUCGAACUAUUUUUACAAGUUGUUGGAUCUACUCAGAAAGCUGAUGAUAUGACGAAGAAAUGCAAACAGGGUAUGCGUCUUUCUGAGCUUUCUAGCGAAGAGUAUAAGCUUCUAAUGGAUACUCUUGCGACUGCUAGACUAUCGAUGCUUAUUGAUAUUUUACGCCGGUUAAAGUUGAUUCAGAUGGUAAGUAAUAGACUCAGACGCGAUGAGAUUGAAGAGAAGUAUGCAAAUUUAACACAUGCAAUGGAGUUUAAGCCGUAUAUAGAGGAACCUGUGUUUGUUGCCGCUACACCCAGUGUCAUGUCUCUUGAUUUUCGUCCACGCAUUCGGCAUGAUUUUAUUCUAUCAAAUAGAGAUGCUGUUGAUGAAUAUUGGCAAACUUUAGAAUAUUGCUAUUCUGCUGCUGAUCACAGAGCUGCUAAGCAAGCAUUUCCGGGAUCUGUUGUUCAAGAGGUUUUCCGUUUCCGCUCUUGGGCCUCAGAUCGUGUCAUGACAGCAGAACAGCGUUCUAAGCUCUUACAAUAUAUUGCAACCGAUGAGAAGGAAAAACUCUCAUUCAAAGAGUGUGAGAAGAUUGCCAAGGAUCUGAACCUGACCUUAGAGCAGGUUAUGCAUGUCUAUCAGGCGAAGCAUGGAAGACGGGUGAAAUCAAAAUCAAAAGAUAAAAAUUGCGCUGUAGAAGAUAGCCCUUCUUCAUCUUCUGGGAAAAGAAAAAGAGCAACUCCUGUAAAGACUACUGGAAAAGGUGUCAGAUCCAUAGUAGUAGAUGGGCAGAAGGUUCUAAAUUCUGAUGCCAUUGAUGCCUCAAAUAGUGGGAAUUUUCUAAAGUCAUUACAAGAAGACCAAAUCCCCAUUCCGAUGCAUCAGGAGCACAAGCAACAAGAAAAUGCAGAGAGUAGGGAUCUGACUGAAGAUGAAGGCCAGUGUUCUUCUUUCAUCAACCAGUAUGCAAGUUCAAAGACCACAUCAACUCCUUCACAAAGAUUUUCGUGGACAGAUGAGGACGACAGGAAAUUGUUAAGUCAAUAUGUUAGACUCCGCGCAGCUCGUGGUGCAAAUCUUCCUGGAGUAAGUUGGGCUUCAGUUUCAGUUGAAGAAUUGCCUGCUCCUCGUGAAUCCUGCAAGCGACGGAUUCAAAUAUUGAUGAAGAAUGAUAAAUUUCGGAAGGCGGUCAUGAGGCUUUGUAAUCUGCUCAGUGAGCGUUAUGCAAAACAUUUAGAGACGAAACAGAAGUGUUUGCCCGAGAGCAACAGUUCACAUGUUCUUGUUAGAUAUUCAUCCCAGGAAAUUGGCGGAACGGAUUCCGGUUGUGUUGAGCAAGAAAAAUGGGAUGACUUCAGUGAAAAGAGUAUAAGUCAAGCCUUUAAUGAGGUUCUUGAGCUAAAGAAGAUGGCUAAACUGGUGGCCCCUAAACGGACGAGACCUGCCACUCGGGAAUGGUCAAGCAGAGAUAUAGUUGAUGAGGGGAGUGAAAUGGUUCCACCUGCAUUUCACUCAGAGGACAUUGAAAAUGUUUUUGUGGAUCAAGUCAAGGAUACAUCUCGACGAUCUGGACAUUAUCGUCUUCAUCAACCUUAUAAGCUUCUAGAUGAAAACGACAAUGGUAGUAUACAAGUACGGAAUUCUCUGGCAGUUUCUACCGCUGUAGAACUGUUAAAGCUUGUCUUUCUGAGCAUGCCCACUGCACCUGGUAUGCCAAAUUUGCUGGAAGAUACCUUACGACGAUAUUCAGAGAGAGACGUGUUUACAGCCUAUAGCUACCUCCGAGACAAAAAGUUCCUGGUUGGUGGAAAUGGUGGACAGCCAUUUGUGCUUUCUCAGAACUUCUUGCAUAGUAUUUCAAAGUCUCCAUUCCCGGCUAAUACUGGGACAAGAGCAGCCAGGUUCUCCAGGUGGCUUCUCGAACAUGAAAGAGACCUAAUGGCUGGGGGAGUCGUUCUUACCUCAGAUUUGCAAUGUGGCGAUGUUAUGAAUUUCUUUUCACUGGUUUCUUCUGGUGAACUCUCUAUAUCUGUAUCCUUGCCGGAAGAAGGUGUUGGGGAGCCUGGAGAUCGAAGAGGUUUAAAACGUAGAGCUGAUGACAUAGAAGAAUCUGAAGCUGAUAGUGCUAAGAAAUUAAAGCUACUCGGCGAAGGUGAAAUUAACUUCCGAAAGGAAAAGGGUUUCCCUGGUAUAGCAGUAUCUGUUCGACGUGUAACUCUACCUACAGCUAACGCAAUAGAGUUUUUUAAAAACGAUGACUCUCGCACUGGUGAACUUCACUUCAACCCGGGAGAAACAAAUAGUGGCUGUGAAUCUGAAGAUUUGAAGGAACUUUUCAACUCUACAGAUGCUACCGUCAUACCAGGCAGUCUAGCUGAUUCUCCCUGGCAAGCGAUGGCCAGUUUUACUAGUUUUAUUAUGGCCAAGUCUGCAGGCGAGGAAGUGAGUUUAUUCAGUCCCAAGUCUUUUGAAACCGUUUCCAAUACCCUUCAGAAGGCUGGUGACCAAGGUCUGAGCAUUGAAGAAGUCCACCGUCUGAUUGAUAUUCCAGGCCAGGAAACUUGUGAUUGUAUUGUAGAUGUACUUCAAACAUUUGGGCUAGCUUUGAAGGUAAAUGGGUAUGACAAUCCGCGUGUUGUCCAUUCUUUCUAUCGAUCAAAGUACUUCUUGACAUUGGAGGAGGGUAAAACUUCCGACAGUAAUCUUCAACGGCCUUUCCCAGUGAAUUACGUAGAGAGAGAUUCUGUGGAACAUAGGUCAAACGUUGUCUCUAGCAUCUGCACUUCACAAGGCGAGCGCGACCAUGUCGCUGGGAACAGCGUUCAUAAGGUUACAGUUCUUAACCUUCCUGAAAUGGCUCAAGAAAGCGGUUUGCACGGAGCAUCUAUCAAAGCUCCCUCUAUUACUUUUGGAACGGGUAUCGAAGGUGAGAGAAAGGAGGGGUCACCUGUGCCCAUAUUUCCAUGGGUAAAUGCAGAUGGGUCCAUAAAUAAAGCCGUCUUUGAUGGACUUAUUCGCCGUGUUCUAGGUAUCGUGAUGCAAAAUCCCGGUAUACUAGAGGACGAGAUCAUUAACAUAAUGGAUGUACUAAAUCCUCAGAGCUGUAGGAGGCUUCUGGAGUUGAUGACACUCGACGGGUACAUAAAAGUGAGGGAAAUGGUGCAAACCAAAUUCACCGGUCCUCCGUCUCUGCUAACCAGUCUUCUCUUAACCGGUCCCAGAAAACCGGAGCUCAUCCGCCGCAAACACUUCUUUGCUAACUCCAAGGGACUCUUUGCCUUGUAGUUGUACAUGUAGUAGUAAGAUAUUUUCUCUCUCUAUGGUUUAGUCUAAAACGCUGUCGUGCUGAUGUAAUAAGUUGUGCAGCUGUCUGGUUAGUCUGGAAACUCUGUACUGCACUUUGGUGCAGCUGUAUGUAGUUUUGAUGGUUGGUCUAAUGAUUAAUACUGUUUCUAGAUUCAUAGGUUUCAUAGGUUCCAAAAUCUAUGUCGAUUUUUAAGUUUUUUUAUUUUUUUGUUAUAUAUGCUUUAGGAUUGUAUGUUCAAGUUUACUACUAGUAGAACAGUAGCU